UCAAUGACUGUUCGCUGACGGGUUGAAUUGACAGGUGCACAAGUUGUGCCAGACCUCCGCCGAGAAGAUCCUGGACACCUUCCGGCCCACUCUUAUGAUUGCCAUUGGUGGUGGUGGCUACGUUCCUGCUCGUAUCCUUCGCUCCUUCCUCAAGCGUGCCGGCGAGCCCAACAUUCCCAUUCAGGCUAUUGGCCUGUCUCUCUAUGAGGACUUGGGUCGUGGUGACCCCGAAGAGGUUCCCGGAACCAAGGUGACUCGGACACAAUGGCUCGAUCUCAGCUCUCUCGAGAUGGCCAAUCUUAUUGGCAAGAACAUCCUCAUUGUCGACGAGGUCGAUGACACCCGGACAACCCUGGAGUAUGCAGUCCGUGAGCUGCAGAAGGACGUGGAGAUGGCUCAGAAGCAGCUCGGCCGUGAGGCUGAGAAGACCAACUUCUUCGUGUUUGUACUUCACAACAAGAACAAGUUGAAGAAGGGCGAGUUGCCUGCCGACAUGAUGGAAUCUGGCCGUUAUCUUGCCGCAGUCACAGCGGAAGAUGUGUGGAUCUGCUAUCCUUGGGAAGCCACGGAUAUCGAAGAGCACGACAGACUGGCCAUGGAAAACCCCAUUGUUUAGGUCUCCAGGUCGAGCAACUACGUCGUAUGAUUGCUUCAUACAUUUUGCUUUGUAUAAAUCGCCCGCUUUUUAGCACCCUUGCAUAUUGGUUUUCAUUUGCUUGCACAUAUAAAGUUGUCUGUUUUUUCUUUACUGAGCUUGAUGAAGUUCAUGUUGGACAUGUCACGUUUACGAAUGGUGUUUUGAGAGGCUCUCCGGUAGAGGAAGCAAUGCAUAUCAAGGCCCGUGAUGGGAGGUCUGGCUUACAUUUGAUCGUGAACAAAUCAAAGGCAAGAAAAAGUUAAUUCUCAUUCUAGGUUCAGGAAAUCUGGAACUCUCAUAGGCAUCGGUAGGCAUUCUUGUUCAACGGUUGGGCAUAAAUCGGUCAAUGUUAUGCUUGACCCGUAGUAUGGAU